CGUCUCUCGUUUCGUUUCCUUUCGUGCGAGUAGAUUUUAAAGCGGAUCACGGUAAUGUGAACGCGUAUUCGCGAUAAUCGUGGCUAAAGACUGUCUUUCGGAACGAUAAAAUUAUGUGGGCUGCAGUCACGAGAUCUUUCGAAAUACUGGUUGCCUUCUUCGAGUAUUACACUACCAGAGCGCAAUUGGAGACGACCGGUGGUAGUCCAGCAAACAAACCGGCGACAUCGGCUGGUGUCGGGGAGGCUGGGGCGAGUGGCCCGAGCAGGGCAAGCGGACUUGGCAAAAAAAGAAUCGGCGCUGGCUCCAACGCAGGUACGAGCGGCAUCGGCGCAGGAGGAAAUGCGGGUUCGGCGAGCGGGGCCGGGGCCAGCGGCAUGGCCGGAGGAGCCGGUGAACCUCGUACACCGACCACUGGGGCGCAGAACAAACAGCUGCAGAACGUGAAAGGGGAUCAUCCAUCGAAAGCGUUCCUGCAGAGCAGAUCGAUGUCCUUGGUGGACAUGUACAUCGACAAUUCAGAGCCGAGCGAGAACGUCGGUCAAAUUCACUUCAGCCUGGAGUACGACUUUCAAAACACUACGCUUAUCCUACGUAUCAUACAGGGUAAAGAUUUGCCAGCGAAGGACUUGUCCGGAACGUCCGACCCUUACGUUCGCGUAACCCUUCUGCCGGACAAGAAACACCGACUCGAGACGAAGAUAAAGAGGCGCACGCUUAACCCUCGAUGGAACGAAACAUUUUAUUUCGAAGGUUUCCCGAUCCAGAAAUUGCAAAGCAGGGUGCUACAUUUACACGUGUUCGACUACGAUCGAUUCUCGAGAGACGAUUCCAUCGGAGAAAUGUUUCUUCCACUUUGCCAGGUCGAUUUCUCGGAGAAACCGUCGUUUUGGAAAGCGUUGAAACCACCGGCAAAGGACAAAUGCGGAGAAUUGUUGUGUUCGUUGUGCUAUCACCCGAGCAACAGCGUCCUAACUUUGACGCUUCUGAAAGCGAGGAAUCUGAAAGCGAAGGACAUCAACGGAAAGUCAGAUCCUUACGUGAAAGUCUGGUUGCAAUUCGGCGAUAAGAGGAUCGAGAAACGGAAGACCCCUAUAUUUAAGUGCACUCUGAAUCCGGUGUUCAACGAGGCGUUCUCCUUCAACGUGCCGUGGGAAAAGAUUCGAGAAUGCUCGCUGGACGUGAUGGUAAUGGACUUUGACAACAUCGGGCGAAACGAGUUGAUCGGACGGAUCCAACUGGCAGGGAAAAACGGGAGCGGAGCGAGCGAAACGAAACAUUGGCAAGACAUGAUCACGAAGCCGCGACAGACGAUCGUGCAGUGGCAUCGACUAAAACCGGAGUAAAAAGUAUCGAGCGGAUCCGAUAGCCACGCGACUUGCGAGAACAUCGGAAACCGCCGAUCCAACCUUAUCCGCUAACCUGUGACCCACUGUGUAACGGCGACGGAAUACAUACCUCUUCCUGUCCUUCAACCUACCCCCUCCCCACGCCCCUUCGACCCCGGCUACUUUUCCCUACUCCUUCCCUACUCCUUCCCUACUCCUUCCCUACUCCUACACCCCUGUAGUGACAAGUUGUAACGAGUAAGCGGCGCGAAACUCGCGCGACCCAGAGGUAUCGCUGUUCGCCCCGAUUCCCCCCUAGUAGUUGUUGAUCUGUAGCAAGAGAAU